UUGCUCUAUGAUUAAAACAACGGUUGUGUAAUUCCUGAGGGAAGAAGAUAUAAGAGCUGCAGAAACUGCCCCGGGGUCUCUCAGAAGGCUGAAGAAAGCGGUCCUCAGAGCCUUGCAUGCCAACCAGAUCUAGGUGAAGCCGGGAGCUUCCAGGGAACACUGGCCAGGGCUCUGAGAUCCUCUCGAUAAACGGUUCCGAAGCUUGUCUGCCCCCGGGGAAAAGGAGGAUGGCCUCCAAGAGCGUGUGGCUGCUCCUGCUGGUGGCCGGCACCGGCGCCCUGGGCGACAUCCUCAUGAGGCCCAGCUGUGCUACCGGGUGGUUUUUCCACAAGUCCCAUUGCUACGGGUACUUCCGGAAGCUGAGGAAUUGGUCCGAUGCUGAGCUCGAGUGUCAGUCCUUUGGGAACGGAGCCCACCUGGCGUCUAUACAGAACCUACAGGAAGCCAAAGCCAUCUCCGAGUACAUAAGUGGCUACCAAAGGAGCCUGCCCGUGUGGAUCGGCCUGCACGACCCGCAGAAGAGUCAGCAGUGGCGGUGGAUCGACGGGACCUCGUACUUAUUCAGAACCUGGUCCGGCAGGUCCAUGGCUGGAAACCAGCACUGUGCUGAGAUGAACGCCCACAACUUUUUAACUUGGAACAGCAAGGAAUGCGACAAGCUCCAACACUUCCUCUGCAAGUACCGGCCGUAGAGCAGGAAUCGGGGUCCCGCAGCCCCGGCCCAAACCCCUCCCCCCUUCUUGCCCUGCCACCGUGUCUAUGUCUGAUCGUUGCCUCAGGAAGUAAACGUGGUAACCA